GUAUUGACAUUUGUUCAUCUUAAAAGAAAUUUAAAACUCAACCCUAUUAAUUAUCAUAUAAUAUAUACUCAAAUCAGUGAUCAAUCAAACUAAAAAAAUUGGUAUAUACUUGAUAGAAAUGGAAGAAAAUUUAGAUGAAAUAGGUGGAAGACGCACCCGUUCAGGUAGGAAAACAAAUACAUCUUUACAAAGCGCAAUGCCUGUGAGGGGUAGACGAACAAGAAAAGCUGUUGGAAAGAUAGCCGAAGCUGAUGUAAGUGAAGAAGAACUUUUGCAUGUAGAAGAAGAAAAACGGGAUGACCAUUCGAUCAAUGAUUUUGAAAAUCUUACGGUGGAACAAGACCCAAUUAUAGAAGUAAUUUAUAACUCGGACGAAGUCAUCACAAUUGAAGAAAAUAACGUAGAUUUGAAUGUUGAAACGCAAGUGAUACAAAUUGACGACGAAAACAGUUUCAAGGAUGAAGAUGAACAGCAAACCAUAAUAGAAACUGUGAUUCUUGAAAACAGUGAAUAUGUGCAGGAUAUGGAAAAUACUGAAAAUGAUGAAUAUGAAGAGCAAAUAGAAAAAAUAGAGAUAGAAUGUGAAAUAAAACAAGAUGAGCCAGUUCAAGAAAAUGAUGUGGAAAUCAAUGAAAUAAAUCAAAUCGAACUGAUUCAAGAGCAGGAACCUCUAUGUGAUCAAAUUAAAGAUCAACAAGAACCGGUAGAAAUUGUGACACAAGACAUGGAAAUGCGUGAAAUUCAACUUUCGGCAGAAAAAUUGGCAGGUAACGUCGAAGAGGAGAAUGGUUCUUCUUUCCCGUUUGGAAUUGGUUGCAUACAACAAUCGGAUAAUUCAGAUAAUAAAGUAGAAGAAGUAGCGGAUUCUGGUACAGUUGAAGUUGUCGAUAGUUCUCUGUUGGCUAGUUUAGCUGGGGACAAUGCUAAUAGCCUUCCUUCCGUUGGGGAAGAAAGUUUGUCUAAAGAUAAUUUUGAAAAAACAGACCCAGUAGUAAUUGAAGAAGAAACUUCUCAAUCAGAAAAUGCGAUUGCAGAGGAUUUACCAAAUGGAAAUGAUACGGAUAAGACCAUCAAUACAGUCGAUGCUGAAAUGAUUUCAGAAGAUGAAUUACAAAAUACACCGCCACAAAAACCAAAAAUAAAAGAUGCCGAAGAAGUUUCUGAUGAAGAAUUUCAAACAUCAAAAAUUAAAGUUAAGGACGCAGAAGAAGUCUCCGACGAGGAGUUACCUGCUCCUAAACGUGCUGAAUUGCCACCUGAUGCUGAAAUUAUUUCUGACGAGGAAUUACCAAAUAACGGAAAUUCAAAAAAAGAAACAUCUAAAAGGAAAGCAGAUGCACUAAAGGAAAAGGCUGAAGAAUAUAAUCCUGGUAGUCCAACUGGAGAAGAAAGCGUGGAAGCCGUACCCGAAAAAAAAAUUAAAGUGGAAGUGAAAGAAGAACUUAAAGAAAAAAAGAAAGAGAAAAAAAAACUCCCAGAAUUGGACAAAUAUUGGAAAGCUGUAAAACAUGAUCCAUCUGAUUUCGCUGGAUGGACCUAUUUAUUGCAGUAUGUAGAUCAAGAGACGGAUGUUGAAGCUGCUAGAGAAGCAUACGAUGCUUUUCUGGCGAAUUAUCCAUAUUGUUAUGGCUAUUGGCGUAAAUAUGCUGAUUAUGAAAAACGUAAAGGCGACAAGGAAAAAUGCUAUGAGGUUUUUGAGCGCGGAUUGAAAGCUAUACCGUUGUCAGUCGAUUUGUGGAUGCACUACUUAAAUCACGUCAAAACAAAUCAUCCAGAAAAUGAAGAAUUUAUUCGCUCACAAUUUAACCGCGCUGUUGAUGCCUGUGGUUUGGAAUUUCGAUCAGAUAAACUUUGGGAGCUUUAUAUUAGGUGGGAAUCUGAAGCAAAACGUUAUAACUUCGUUGUGAAAAUUUAUGACCGGCUUUUAACGAUUCCAACACAAGGAUAUAAUUCGCAUUUUGAAAGUUUCCAAGAUCUGAUAACAAAUCAUUCAGCUGCUUUAACAGUUAGCGUUGAUGAAUUUAAAAAACAUCGUCAUGAUGUUCGAGAAGCAAUGAGAAAAGCAAAAGAAAAGAAAUGCAAGGAUAGUGAUUCGCCUCCAGGUGACGAACAACCUGUUGACGAUCCGGAUGAGGCAGAUGAUCACGUACGAAAUGAAGAAGAAAUGUCAGCGAUUAAAGACAAAAUAAUAUCAAAUCGGCGUAAAGUCCAUAAAUUAACCGUUUCAGCAGUAGCUUCUCGUUGGACAUAUGAGGAAGGUAUUAAGCGUCCUUAUUUUCAUGUAAAACCUUUGGAAAGGAGCCAGCUGAAAAACUGGAAGGAAUAUUUGGAUUUUGAAAUAGAAAAAGGCGACCGAAAACGUAUUUUAAUACUAUUUGAGAGAUGUUUAAUUGCAUGCGCUCUAUACGACGAUUUUUGGUUAAAACUCAUACGUUAUUUAGAAACCGCUUUGAGUUCAAGUCCCAAUGAUGCAACGAUUAUUGAUCUAACGCGUGAUGCUUUUGCUAGAGCAUGUACGAUACAUCAUCGUGAUAAACCUAGUUUACAUUUAAUGUGGUCUGCAUUUGAGGAGGUACAUUUAAAUUACGACAAAGCGGCUGAAAUUCUUACAAAUAUAGAUGAACGGUGUCCAAAUUUAUUGCAAAUUGCUUAUCGACGCAUAAAUUUAGAAAGACGGAGGGGUAAUCUUGACAAAUGUGGUGAAUUAUAUGAAUAUUAUAUCCAAAACGCAAAAAACAAAAAUAUAGCUGGCAGCUUAUGUAUUAAGUAUGCAAGAUUUUGUCACAAAAUAUUGAAAAAUAUUGAUAAAGGUAUCCAAAUACUACGAGAUACACUGGCAAAUGAUUCUAGUAAUACAAGAAUCGCUUUGCAAAUGAUAGAUAUAGCAUUACAGAGAGAAACAGUUGACGAAAAAGAAAUUGUGGAGAUAAUGGACAAAUUCACAUCUAGAGAUAAUAUAGAUCCCGAUCAAAAAGUUUUAUUUGCCCAAAGAAAAGUUGAAUUUUUGGAAGAUUUUGGUAGUACUGCCAAAGGCUUGCAAGAAGCACAAAGAGCAUUACAAAUAGCUCUCCAGAAAGCUAAUGAAUCUAAAAAGAAAACGGAAAGCAGUAGCCCCAAUAGCAAAACUUCGUCAAAAGAGAAUAAAUCCACAACAGCUACUGUAAGUGCUCCCACUUACAACAAUGCAAAUAAUUACUAUAAUACUGGUGCAACUCCAAACUACUAUAAUAGCGGUCAGCAACAGCAACAAUAUCAACAAUCAUACGAUAGUUACGGUUAUAAUCAUUGGCAAUAUGGUUCAGGUUACAGUGGAUAUGGUCAAUGGAGUGGAUAUGGGAGUUAUUAUUAAGUGAACAAGUAGAUGUGCGAGUACCCAGAUUUUUAUCUAGAUAUUUUGGUUGAGUUUUUCUUUAUUUAAAUAUUAAUAUGUAAUUUCAAAAGUAAAUUAUAUGUUGUGUACAAAAUGUCAUUAAAUAUCAGCAAACUCCUUUUAGAAAAAGUAAAAAUUCUUCAGAUAUUUUGACAAAAAUUAUUGGAAUUUAAAUUUAUAAUCAAAACUUUAGUUAACAAUAUCAAAAAAAGAGAAAAAAAAAUCUGUAACGAACUAUAAAAAUUUCAGUAAAAAUAAAACUUU